GGACAAAAUGUCGGCGGGCGGCAGCGGCGGGGCCCGGCAGGACGGGGACGCGCCCGGGGUGCGGAGAGCGGCCGGCGGCCCCCCGCCGCCCGCGGGGCCCGGCGCGCUGAGCGGAGCCUGGCUGGCCAAGGAGGAGCAGUACAAGCGACUGAAUGCAGAAUUACAAGCCAAAACAGAAAAACUGGUGCGUCAGGCUGAAGAGCUGAUGAAAGGCCAACAGAAGAUACUAUCUCGACCAGUUUCAGUACAGUCCAAGUCACCUGAAGAUGACAGACAGAGAGAUCCACUCUUCCACUCCAGUCCUGAAGUUUCCUCUCCUACGCACUCACAUGCCAAGGUAGCAAGCAAGAAGAAAUGUGCUGCUGCACCCACAGAUCAGAACAGACCAUACUCUGGAAGUAAGGGAAAAAGAACAACUUCAAGUUCAAAAAUAAGAAACACGGAAGUGCAAAGUGCUGAUGGUGUUGCAGUACUGGAAGAUUGCAUGGGUUUUUCUUUAACAAAAACAAUAAGCAAAGUUGAAGAAAAACUAAAGAAAGGAGUCUUACCAGAUUGUCCAGAUGAUGAUGUUAUUCCAAGUGUUGGAAAUGAAAUGGGAGCAGAAGCUCAAAUCAGAUUUCUGAAGGCAAAGUUACGUGUUACACAGGAAGACCUGGCAAGUGCAGUGUUUGAAUGCAAGAAAAAGGAUGAUCAAAAUCAGAAUUUAGAAACUCGGCUUAAAGAUACUGAAGAAGAAAACACGAGACUGCAGCGAACAAUCAGCGUGCAGCAGAGUCAGACUGAGAAGUACAAAAUGUUGUCACAGGAAGCAAACAAAAAAAGUGAAGGGUUACAACAAGAAGUCAUUGCACUAGAAAAGGAACUGGAGAACCUCAGGCGGGUACAAAAGCAGGCCACAGCCAGUCAGAGUGCGACUGAGGUUCGACUGAACAGGGCCCUGGAGGAAGUGGAAAGGUAUAAAGUGGAGCUGAACAAACUGAAGCAGAGCAACAAGGAUGUAGCUAACCAAGAACUCAAAACAAUUGAAGAAUUAAAAACAGAAAACAAGAAACUGCAGAAACAAAAAGGAGAGCUAAUUACAGGUUUUAAAAAGCAGUUAAAGUUAAUUGAUAUUUUGAAGAGACAAAAGAUGCACAUUGAAGCUGCCAAGAUGCUUUCUUUUACUGAAGAGGAAUUCAUGAAAGCUCUUGAGUGGGGAAAUUAUUGAUUCCAUUAAAAAACAGCUUCUGUCUGAAAGACAA